AUAUCGUUGACUUUUUUCUUGUUAAAAGCACCAUUAUUAUUUAUUAGAUCAAAGAGUUAAUUGACAUUAAAGUGAACUCAAGUAAAGUAACAAUGGAUCAAAUAGUUCAUAAGUUUGUGCAAGUCAAUGGGCUGAAGCUUCACUUAGCCGAGAUUGGUAGCGAGUCAUCACCAGUGGUGGUGUUUGUCCAUGGUUUCCCUGAGAUAUGGUAUAGUUGGCGUCACCAAAUGAUUGCUGUUGCCAGUGCUGGUUUCCGCGCUAUAGCUCUUGAUAUUCGUGGCUACGGUCUCUCUGAUCCACCCCCAGAGACCGAAAACUUUAAGUACUCCGAUAUCGUUAAUGAUCUUCUAGGAAUCAUCGAUUCACUUGGCAUUGAUAAGAUUUUCCUACUCGCGAAAGACUUUGGGGUUAGACCAGCUUGUGUUUUUGCGCUACGCUACCCUACCAGGGUCAUCGGAGUUAUAUCCGUCGGUAUACCACAUACGCCUUUUGGACCCCCUACCUUCUUAAAAGAGUUGCCUGAAGGUUUCUAUAUCAAUAGAUGGCAGGUGCCCGGAAGAGCUGAAGCUGAUUUUGGCCGUCUUGAUGCUAAAACUGUCGUACGAAACAUAUACAUUUUGUUUUCUAGAAGUGAAAAUCCAAUUGCAACCGAAAGCCAAGAGAUCAUGGAUAUAGUCGACCCAUCUACACCUUUACCCUCUUGGUUCACAGAGGAAGAUCUUUCUGCAUAUGGAGCUCUAUAUGAGAAAUCUGGUUUUCUUAAUCCACUUAAAGUUCCUUACAGGUCAUUGGAAGAACAAUAUGACAUAGUAGAUCCGGUAAUUAAGAAUCCGAUGCUGUUGAUCAUGGGGGAGAGUGAUUAUUUCUGGAAGUUUCCAGGAAUGGAAGGUUUUAUAAAGAGUGGAAUGGUUAAACAUUUUGCAUCAGAUUUGGAGAUAGAGUAUGUGCCCGAAGGGAGUCAUUUCGUUCAAGAACAGUUUCCAGACAAGGUUAACCAGUUAAUUAUCGCAUUCCUCAACAAGCAUAAAUGACGAUACUCCUGUAGACUCUACUUCACAAUCGCUUUAUCUGAAUAAUGUAUGAUUAACAAAUAAGGUCAUGAUUUGAGAAGUUGCGUUAUCACUUUA